AUGGCGAGCACCAACUUUGAUGUGAUAAAAACCGUGCCACGUGUGGCGACUCUCAUCUACCAGACUCACCAGCUAUGGCAGGAAUUCAAAAAUGUCCCAGAGGGGAUCAUGGGGCUUGUAGACCAGCUGAAGGCCCUUGAAUCCAUCUUCUCGGAGAUUGAAGACGAGUUCAACCAAGACGGUGCCUCGGCAUCCUUCAAGAACUGUCUUGAGCUAUCCAAAAAAGCCCAUGAUUCUUUGGGGGUUUUAGUUGCCGAUAUGAGAACACAGCUGCAGGCAAACAAGAAAAUGAAGCGCAAAUAUGCGGCAGUCAAGAUCUUGCUCAAUAAGGCUGUUUUGGAGAGACUUGAGCAGAGCCUAUCUCGAUGCAUGAACUUUUUACAAUUAGCAAUCCAAGCAUAUCAAAUGGCAAUGCUUCGGAAACUUAGCUCUCAGACCACCUCAGCAAGAUUCCAGCCACAACAUCAUGCACAGGUCCAACAACUUCUUCCACAACGACCACAGGAGAAAAUGCCUCACAGUCAGACUGAAAGAGACGAAGACCUUAUUGAGACUGAAGAUGCUAUUUCGAGGUCUAGAAAGACGACGAAUCUAUUCGCCUUCAACUUUGCACAAUAUUUGCGGUUCGCACUGGCUCACACCAAAUCGACUGGUGCUUGGCAAGCACAGCUGCAGGUACCAAAAUGGCUAUCAACAUCAGUAUACGAAUUCAUGUCGGAACCAGCCAUUGCAGGUUGGACAUACACCUAUCGUGUAUACAACAUAAUCCCAAACGAUUCGGAGAUAAUUAAGAAGAUCAACAGUGGAGAUUUGAUUGGUGUUCGGGAGAUGUUUAAUAACAGAGAUGCCUCCCCAUUUGAUCGUAAUGCCGCAGGGGGAAGUCUCUUAUAUGUCUGUCUAGAGAAACAAUUGUUCCAUAAAGAGAAGAAGCUUACUAUUCACACUGUCCGGCUCGGCGCCUUUAAUGUCAUCAGGUGCAAAACGUUGGAGGGCCUUAUUUCAAAGGACGGCACAAUUACUCAAACGGAUGUCGCUCAAUCAAGUCGGGAGAAGGUGUCCCUUGUACACUCUGCGGCCUUGGCGCUUGGAGGCCGAUAUCCAGAGAGAUUAAUGACCUGCUUGAAACCAUGCGUAUGGCUGCGCAUAUACGAAGAAGACUGGGGUGGCUUUGUGACCAAUAUAGCCCGUAUGGCAACUCUUGAUGACCUCAUCUCUGUGGAGACGGUCGUGCCAUGGGAUGUUUAUGAAGUAACGGCUUGGAAGGGCACACCGCUUAUAUCUGUUAUUGGAGGAGCACUCUGUUAUCUCUGCCCUGGCAUAUCCUUCAAUCACUGGGAUACGCUGUUCCAUGGCUGCCUCUAUAAAUGGCUUUCUUUGCUGGAUGCUGCUGGGGUUGAUAUACUCGAAUAUGGAAAGAAGGAGGCAUCAAUUCUUCAUGACCUCCAGAGCAACACGAAAGGCGCUUUCGAUGCCGACGCAAUUGAGGAAUCGCGAACAAUGUUGAGGCAUCACAUGUUGAGAGGCGACCCGCUACCAAAAGUUCAUCGUGCGAGUUUCAUCGACAGGCGUGGUGAGCAGUACUGGCUCCCUUUUCGAAUAAUAGACCUGCAGAUUGGGCCUAAACCCACUGAUUGGAAGUUGAAAUGGGCCCCGGAAUUCGAAUACAUGGCGUGUCAGUUUUGGAUGUUGGUCGAAAAUCACGAAGCCGCAAUGCCGGGCUCUUGGGUGGAGUGCUAG